ACGGUAAUAAUAAUAAUUAGCCACCGGGUUUCGGUUCAGAGAACCUGCUACAAAAGAAGAAGAAAAGUUUGUUGAAGAGAGCCAACCACAACAAAAGCAAUGGGUAUUCCGUCGGAACUUCGGGACAUCUUCUUACCCAACAAAAAGGAUGUCUUUAUUGCUUCUCCCGCAGAGGAUAGGCGGGUUUUGAGGACCAAACAAUGCACUGAUGAAGGUGUGCAUGCUGGAUUCAGGGCUGCUUGCAUUGCUUGUGUUGCCAGUGCUGUGCCUACUUUGACUGCAGUUCGUGUGAUCCCAUGGGCAAAGGCAAACCUCAAUUAUACUGCUCAGGCACUCAUAAUAUCAGCUGCAUCCAUCGCUGCAUACUUCAUCACUGCUGAUAAAACUAUCUUGGAGUGUGCAAGGAAAAAUGCCCUGCUUGAAGAUGCUUUGGUACACAAUCAACAAUAGACGUUUCUUACGAACUGCAAGAACCCGUCGUUGUUAUACACUCAACAGGACUAUUCAAAGGCGUAUGUUAUUAAACAAAAUGUUUUUGUCUUGUGAAUGUGACAGUCAUUUGAAAUUGCAACUCACUGCGGCUUCAGAAGUAAAAAAAUUUAAGCUAUGUUGUUGACUUUAGUUGUUUUUCCAUCUUUAGUUAAAUAAAUUUAAUGCAUAAACUUCGAAAUUCCAUGGGCUGUUCCGCAAUUAAGCCUGAUUCUAAUUUCAUGUUAUAACCACCCUGUUCCA